CAAGAGACAGCGCCCUGACGAUCCUUACUCCAUCUAUUCUGAACUAUACGUUGUCCUUGCAUAAAAUCCAGCGAGAAACCAAUAUUCUAUAUCGGUAUCCGCAUUGCAGCAAUAGUCUGGCAGAGUGAACCAUGCGCAUGUAAAACAAGCAUGAACGUUCGAACAUCAACCGGCGCCUCCUGAGGGUUUUUUUAUAAGGGGGCCAUUUGAUUCAACCCCAACCGCGAAUGAUUUGCAGCAGCAUAUCUUGAUUCCUGCAUUGUAUUAAGUUCCACCGAGCUUGAAACCUCACAGGCUAAGAUGAAGGGUCUUGUAUAUCUCCUCGCAUCGAUCCCGCUCGCUGCGGCUACACUGCAUAAUCCCGCCUCAGCUCAUCAUCACAGAAGAGGACAUGUCUCUUGGCGAGCAAAGAAGGGAUCUCCCAUCGACAACAUCGCAUCAACGGAGCUGCUAGCUCUGCUUGCCCGGUUCCAAGAAAUAUGCUUGACGGAGGCGACUCACGAUUGUUUCAACGGAUGCAUCGCGACCAACCUCGGUCUUCUCGGGGAGGGGAGGUUCGAUUACAAGGUCUGGGAGUUGAUGAUCCUCACCACGGUUGCAAGUGAAGAGACCCGAGCAGAGGCCGUUCGGUUGGGCAGGGAAGCGGAAAUCGUGCUUGCGGGCAUCGAGACGUGCCAGGCUGGAGACUGGCUGGUGCAGAUCAUGGCCCGGCUGUAAACCUGUACAUGGGAUCAUGCAUGGUCGAUCUGUGGACAGUGCCAGUGGGUGCUGGGAAAGUCUCUGAUCCAGCAACAGGAGGCUUAACCGUCGAAGAGGACGAGGGACCGUCCUCCAUGUGUUAUUGCAUUACCUUAAGCCGAGGUGCUACGGCCACUAUCAACUGUGCUAGCAAGGGUGAACGCGCUUGAUGUCUGGUCAGGGAUCUAUAGCAGUUCUUAUAGGGCUGCACACACAUCGUGUCACUCUUAGUGCAGGGUCGGAUGCAAUAGUCUGUGGGGAGAGCCAGACACACUCUCAUGAGCACUCAUCCCUUCGCUCGCUGUGUAACACUUGGACUCUGUCGACUGUCUCGUUCAUUGAAAGGCAAUCGCCGUUGUCACUUGCUG